UUAAUACCGCUGUUCUUUGCUGCUAGCGGUUAUUCCGAUUGAUGGGGCGCGAGAUGUGACGUAGUGAAGUGCGAGACUCGGUAUCGAAUGCCAAGCGCAGAAGUAGUGAAGACGUUUUAUACCGAGUUAAGCUUUAGAAGACUCUUGUUGUUUCGAAGAUGGAGAAAUAUAGAGUACACUUGUGGGCGAAGACUGACCCGUUUCUUGUAGGUGCAUUACCUCAUCCUCCCCCUGCUAAGUUUAGCAUGCAUUACCUACGGAAGAUGGCUACCUAUGUUCGUACCCGAUCAGGAGAAGGAUGCUAUCCCAGGCUUUGCUGGAGUAUGUGGCGACAUAUUGCGUGUGGCAAACUGCAGCUGGUGGAAGAGACGGCCUGGCUUUACUUUGAGGUGUUUCAUAACUUGUCGGAGCGCAGUGCACCCAAGAGUCUGGAGUGGGCUGAAGUCGCCUCCAGCUGCACCUCUGUGGAAGAGUAUGAGAAAGCAAGGAGCAAGCUCUCCGUUGAUACUUUGCAGUUUCUGCUUUUCCUGUACAUUCAGCAGAUAAAUAAAGUCUCUUUGCGAACUUCAUUAAUUGGAGAGGAAUGGCCCAGCCCGAGACCCCGAUCCCCAGCUCCUGAUUUUGCUGGUCAGUCAGGUUUCCACAACAAGAACUGGGAUGAUUAUAGUCACCAUACGUUCAUGCAAAAUCAUAUAUCCAGUCUCCUUGAGUUACUCUUGGAACCUGAGCAACUUACUAAAUCAUCCCAGUCCAGCCAUUGUAGCUUGGUGUCCCUAGAAGCUGUCCGAGCCAUAGGCUUCCUUAUUGAGGGAACAGUGGAUAAGAACAGAACUAUCCAUCCUUUUCUGGAUUUGGCUAUCUGGCAACCAAUGCAACAUAGAAGUGGAUACUCACGGACCUCCAAUACCUUUUUACUGCAAAAACUGCAAGCAUGGAUAAAGGAGUGUCUUAUAGUGAACCCAUUUGGGAUGUCGGCAUGUAUCAAAUCUGGAAGAAAGCUGGCAUGGGCAUAUCAAGUUGAAGGAUCAAAUAAAAGGGUAAAAGUCGCCUGCAACACAUACAAGGUUCCUCAUAGCUAUCGUAUGGUUAUUAUGAGUCAAAUCUAUAAACAAACCUUGGCUAAAAGUUCAGAAACUCUAGUGGAUUCUCGUGUUAAAAUUCACCGCUGCAAUGAAUCCUACAUAUACCUACUUUCUCCACUGAGAUCAGUAACAAUUGAGAAAUGCCAUAACAGUACGAUCAUCUUGGGCCCAGUUCAGUCCUCUCUUCAUGUACAAAUGUGUGAAAAUUUGAAGGUCAUUGCCGUUUGUCACCGUCUGUCUCUCUUGUCCACCACCAAUUGUACUUUUCAUAUACUGACUCCCACUAGACCUCUAAUCUUCUCUGGCAAUCAGGGUGUGAUAUUUGCUCCAUAUCAUACACAUUAUCCAAUGCUUGAAGAUCAUAUGGGACAGACCGGGUUAGCUACAUUGCCUAAUUAUUGGGACAGGCCUCUUUGCCUUUGUGCGGAUAACAGUGACCAAAAAAACUGGAGACUGCUUUCAUCACGAGAAUUUUAUACGUUUGUUGUACCUUUUGAAAUGGAAGGUGACACAACUGAAAUUCCUGGAGGCCUCCCUCCAGCUUUUCUUAAAUCUAUUCUGCAAAGAGAACAAAAGGUGCACAUGUGGCAGAAAGCUGUUAAAGAAGCUGGAUUAACAAGAGAACAGAGGAGACAGUUCCAGGCUCUUGUCGAACAUGAGUUCAAUGAAUGGUUAAAGAACACCGAAAACAGACAUCAACUGGACAGCCUUGUUCAACCAUCUGAUAUUGCUAAACAGAUUGCUGGAUAAUCUAGACCAAUUUUAUGUACGCAUUUGUAAACCAAUGAUUUGUCAAAGGGGACAAGUUCCUUUGUCUGUUACAUGGCCCCUAUAUAAAUCUGCUCUAAUAUAGCUCCAUGUUUUUGUGAACUGUGGUCUGUGAUCAUUCUUUUUCAGCAGGUCCUUCACCUUAAGACUAAAAUUAAGGUUAGGGGAGUCACUACCACCAGCUUCCCUAUAAUGUUACGUAGAGCAAGCCCCCUUAGUGCUGGGGUUAAUUCACAUUAAGAUGGGAUGCUACAAAAUGAAAUAUUUUUCCUAUUUUUUUUUUUAUAUAAUUUGUUUAUAAAUGAUACAGCAAAUUGGUACAAAAACAUUUUUUAAACAUUUUGAAGGUCAAAGUAUAAACACUGUAAAGAAAGUUAUAUACUUACUGUCUGCAUUUUGUACACUUUAAAUAAAAUAUGCAAAAUAGUUUGGCAUAUUACAAAUGAAAAUGUGGCGUAAUAACUGUGAAGUUUUAUUUUUCCUUGAUUGAGGUUACAAAUUGGCGACAUCGUUUACUUUUAAUUGCUUGCACUUUUUUCUUUAUUUUAAAAAAAAUUAAACGCAUCUUUAUGAAAGAA